AUGGUACUCAGCUUUAUGGAUCUCCUCGGUGUCAACCUAGAUGUUUUACGGUUCGGCCCUGAGGAUCGUGUCAGUGCCACUAUCGCCUUGAUCAAGGCGUACAUAGCGCGUAGGAAUAUGGCUAUCUUGCUGUACAUUGCACCUACGAUCGCUACUGCGCUUGAGUUGUCAAUGCUGCUUGAGGUCUCAGCGAUUCAUGAGAGCAGCGGAGUGUUCAUCAACAUGCUGGAAUGGAAGAUACUGGCCUUUACGGUGCUCAGUUUGAAGCAGUCCUGGGAGUAG